GAAGCGCCUGAAGUGUCCGGAGAGCUGAAAAGAGGGACGAUUGUGGUCGGAAUCGACGACAGCGAGCACAGUUUCUACGCGCUUCAGUGGAUCCUCGGCCACUUCUUCGCCGGCGGGGGUGCUGCUGGUUAUAAGCUGGUCAUUAUCCACGCCAAGCCGUUCUCUACCUCGGUCAUCGCCAUAGGAGGCCCCGGAGUUGCUGAUGUCCUUCCUUCUGUAGAGUUAGAUUUGAAAAGAAUAGCUGCUAGGGUGAUUGAGAAGGCUAAGGAGCAUUGUGUUGCUAAUUCGGUAUGAUUUUGCGUUCUAUCUUGAUACGG